CGAGUGAGUCAGGCAGGGAGUCAGUUGGGGAUCAGUGUGGAGAGUGUGAGCCGCUGUGGCGGAUGGAAGCUGUGCCCGCCUCAUGGCCACACUGGUCCAGGUAGUUGGUUUGUGGGCGUGUGUGGUGGCGGUGGUGGUCGCGGCGCCACACCACACCCCGGCGAGGCAGCUGAGAGUGAGUGACGGGACGAAGGGGAGAGGGGAAGGGUUGCACUCACUGACCGGCAUAUCACCACGAGGAAGGCGACACGCGGCUCUGGACAAAGAAGACGAUGACGAGUGGGAGAGCUCGUUAGCGGCUCCGAGGAAGCGUUCAGCGGAGGACGAACAAGCUGUCAGUGCCCAGCCACUCAAGAGGGAAGCCUUGGAGGUCAACAUAGGCACGGGAAUAUUAGUGAAGGGAGCAGGAACCACCCAAAGGCCAUUUAACUUCCCCCAGAGCCCCACUCACUCCCCAUCCCAGCCAUCGGGUCCCUCCACUCAGCGCCCCGUCAUCUUCCCGGACCCUGGUCCUCAAGUCACACCCACGCCCCCAGUCAACCCCACCCAGGUUCCCCCAACGAUCUUUCACAGUCCCUUUUUCCCCAACGAUCUAUUCCCACCGCCCGGAUCACGCCCGAAACCCUCUGACGGAAGCCCUCCCAAGCCACCCAGCCAGAACCCGUCUUCCCAGACACCAUCCCGUCCUUCAGAUUUCUUUCCUGGGCAGACUACACCGCCCCCUUUCUUCGUUCCUGUUAUACCUACGAGAAGACCGAAUAUUAUCACCAACACUCCUCCACAAAGACCUUUUUUCCCUAAUACACCUCCCCAAGGAUCAGUUUUCCCUAAUAAUCCUUCACAAAGACCUAUUUUUACUAAUAUACCUCCACCAGGGUCAGUUUUCUCCAAUACACCUCCCCAAGGAUCGAUUUUCCCCAACACAGCUCCCCAGGGACCAGGACGCUUCCCCAACAUCCCACAAAGACCUACCGGCAUCCCCAUACCUCCAAACCAAGGCCCUGACUAUAUCCAUCCUACAACACGGCGCCCCAAGUUCCCAGGGUUCCCGAUUCCUUCCUCCCCGACCACCAGGAAGCCGUGUAGCUGCAGGAAUCACACCACCAACAUAAAUCCAGCUACGCCAACGAUUCCACCCACGACUUUCUUUUCCCCGUCUCCUGUUGUGCCGUUUUUCCCCACCGUUGCUCCGCCCUUCCCAACUCUUCCCCCGCAGUUCCCCACGCCUACGCCCGCAGCCGCACGCCCUGUCACGCCGAAUCCUGGUGGCUUUAGACCGUCUUUCAGACCUACUUUCACCCCGGUAGCUAGUUUCCCCGUCUUCCCGAACUCUCAGUCUCGCCCAGUUCACCCCAACACCCAGCCUCGUCCCGUUCUCUUCAUACCCACUCACAUCAGAUCGCCAGAUGUCCUUCGCGUGAACCAGCGCCCUGUGUCGACCAACGGCCUGCCUCGCUUCCCCAUACGUCAGCCAGUCAAUGGGCGGAGGUUCGUCACGCCACACUUCCGACUGUUCAUUCCUCACCAGUCUUCCCAGGGCGUGAAUCAACUAAAGACCAACAGUGAUAAGUAGACGUGACCGCUCCAAAGGAUGAGGGCAAGUAAUUUUUCCGACGUGCCAGAACCAAAAGUACAUGGACUUCAAUGAAGUAAGUGUAAGUGAAAUUUGCAGGAGUAAUGUGUGCGUGCAUCUGCGUAGUGUUUCGACGUAUACCAGUAAUAUGUGAUUGUGUUGGUAUGGGUGAGGUUUAAGUAUACAGACUACUCAGUUGUAUACAUUUGGAUUUUUUAUCUUGGCAUGCAAGGGGAAAACCAUUGAUGGGCUGAAUUAUGGUAGUUUGGUCUUUUAAGAAUAAUAAAACAUGAUUGAAAGUAUA